AUGUUGUACCAGAGGAAUCUAUAUAUCUUAGCAAUCAACCUGGCGCAGAAGUCAGGCGUUGACAGACUACAACAAAAUGUCAUAUUUAGAAAGUAUGGCGAUUUCUUGUACCAAAAGGGGGAUUAUGAUACCGCCAUGCAGCAGUAUCUCCGGGCCAUUGACAAUACCGAGCCCUCCCAUGUUAUUCGAAAGUUCCUUGACACUCAACGAAUCCAUAACCUGAUUGACUACCUAGAAGAGUUACAUGAUCACGACAAGGCAACGGCCGAUCACACGACAUUACUCUUAAACUGCUAUGCUAAGCUAAAGGAUACUGAAAAGCUGGACUCUUUCAUCAUGGCACCGGGAGAAUUGAAAUUUGACCUAGAAACUGCUAUAGCCAUGUGCCGUCAGGGUGGCUAUUUUGAACAAGCCGCAUACUUAGCUACCAAGCAUGGCGAAAGUGACAUGGUGGUUGACAUCCUGAUCGAAGACUCGAAGAAAUAUUCUGAAGCCCUCAAAUAUACUUGGAGUCUUGAGCCAGAGCUUGCCUAUCCAAAUUUGAUGAAAUAUGCCCGUGUACUGCUUGAGCAUUGUCCGGAAUCAACAACACAACUCUUUAUUGAUUAUUAUUCCGGGAGAUACAAACCUCGAAAGGAAGAAGAACAAUCCCCUGAAGUCAAACCACAAGCUACAGGCGGAGCUGUUCAGAAUAUCGCAUCAUUCAUCCCUCUGCCAUACAUAGGAGGUUCUAAGCAAGACAAUAAACAAAGCAAUGGGGCCAAUACUCAAGCAACGCCAGAGCCCGAAGCUACAAGUGAAGAAUCGUCGUCAAAUUACGAAAUUCCAAAACCCAGAACUGCCUUUUCCUCCUUUGUCGAUCAUCCUGAUCAAUUUAUCACCUUUCUGGAGAAACUACUUGAGCUAGAUGGGCUUAAGGAAGAGGACAAGGUUGACCUGUACACUACCUUGUUUGAGAUGUACCUGGAUACGGCAAACCGCAAGAAAGCAUAUUCAGAGAAGCAAGAAUGGGAAUCAAAAGCAAAAAGCUUGGUACAGGGGAAAAACAUUCCCGUAUCUGCGUCGAAUGUUCUGCUUCUAUCGGACCUGUCAAAUUUCCAUGAGGGAAAAACCUUGGUCCGGGAAAAGGAAGGUCUUAAAGCAGAUAUUCUGCGAUCAUAUAUAUCAGCCAAGGAUACCCAAGGCGUGAUAAAAGCUCUCAAGAAAUACGGACCGGAAGAGCCACAGCUAUAUAUCGAUGCUUUAACGUAUUUUGCAUCGAGCCCAAAAAUUCUCGAAGAAGCAGGCGGUGAGAUGGAUGCGGUUCUUCAAAAGAUUGAUAGGGACGGGUUGAUGGCUCCCUUGCAAGUGAUACAGGCAUUCAGCAAUAAUUCUGUGGUCACUAUGGGUAUGAUCAAUAAGUAUCUCAGUGAUAAUAUCGAAAGGGAAAGAAAAGAGAUCUCCAACGUUAGCUCCCCUCUUUUCCUCCUUUGGAGAAUUCUCAGCACUAACAGAUGUCUCGCAGAACCGCCGCCUGAUAGCCAGUUAUUCAAAAGAAACAGAGUCCAGGAAACAGCAGAUGGAAGAGCUCGGUUCCAAACCGACUGUCUUUCAGGCACGUCGUUGCUCAUCUUGUGGUGGUAA